GAGCCUUGCCAGUGCCCACGACGAACUGUUCAACGCAAUCAUCCGAGCGUGCCACGAUGGAACUGUGGUUUGCGGUGGGGCUCACCACAAUUCUCUGGGCUCCAAGAUGACCCUGGGAAGCCUCUUUUUACCGCAGAACGAGUGGUGGAACUUGGAAGACUGGAAGUUUCAACUUGCAACCACCGCGUUGAUCAUCCCUGGUACGUCUUCCUCAAUGAAGAGCCCUUCCCAGAAGAAUUCAAGCGAUCUCUGUCCUCUCCUACCGAAACUCUCCUCGAAUUUGGGCUCAUUCCCCACGACCACUGGUUCCAGCCUGACUGGAUUACUAGUAAUCGGACCUGCCCCUUACCGCAACGUGUUGAUACAACUCAGGCUCCUCUUUAUCAGCCGUCCAACCCUGUCCAACCCUCAUAGGCUGAUUUUUACAGUCUGA